GGGCUGAGGCCUCCCGGACCACGGAGAAUCCACGCUGUCGGGGGCAGGACCCAGGAGCGGGAGGAAGCCGUGGAUACUCAGUGCCUUCUUGGCUCCGCCCUUAGCCCCGCCCUACUGCGGCGUUUAAGGGUCCCUUAGCAGGUGGCUACGCUCGAUGCAAAGUCGGGGGAGUGUUAGGGCAGGGAACACUCGCAGACCGCCUAGGCUAGGCCAGUGUCACUCUUCAUUAUGGGGAAACUGAGGAACAGAAAGGGCCUGUUUCUAGGUCUUACAUUACCAAGGCUGAGGUGUAGGGGCGCUCCUGGGUCCCCCGCGCCGAGGCUGGGAGGGGCACGCCUCGGAAGGGUGGUUUGGGGUCGGUGGUUUCACAGUGAGUGUGUUUGAAGCCAAAUGGCCGGAAACCGUUACCCGCCCUCCUAGGCCCGGCUAGUGGGGACCCCAACUGCCUGCGGCUGCCCCUCCCAAGUUCCUCCCUGCCGGCCCGGCCUCCAGGCUUCCAAUCCCCAAGCUGCGGAAAACCCACCGCCACAUGCGGCUUUCCCGUUCCAUUCGGCCCUGUGGGGAGCUAGGCUUCCCGGGCCGCGUUCCUCCUGUGUGAACUGGCCCCCCGCCCCCAUUCCCAGAUCGAGGCCGCGUCUCCAGGUAGCCACGAUUUCAUUCCUCGCUCCCCACAGGCCCCUCUCCCCAAAAUGUUCCCAUUCUUGUCCUAGCCCCUCCCCCAGACGAUCUCAAGGACCCGCUGUCCCCACGCCCCCGACCUCCACCAGGCCUGUGCCGCCCGCUGCCUAGAGGAAGACGCCCGGUCCCGGGCCGGGUUAGCCCCGUGGGAACGGACAGGGGUUCGGUCCGAACCCGGUGGGAGGCUCCGGGAGCGCAGCUUGGGCCCAGGCCACCCCGCGCCAGCGGCCAUGGCGGGCACCCUGGACCUGGACAAGGGCUGCACGGUGGAGGAGCUGCUCCGCGGGUGCAUCGAAGCCUUCGAUGACUCCGGGAAGGUGCGAGACCCGCAGCUGGUGCGCAUGUUCCUCAUGAUGCACCCCUGGUACAUCCCCUCCUCUGAGCUGGCGGCCAAGCUGCUCCACAUCUACCAACAAUCCCGGAAGGACAACUCCAAUUCCCUGCAGGUGAAAACAUGCCACCUGGUCAGGUACUGGAUCUCUGCCUUCCCAGCGGAGUUUGACUUGAACCCAGAGCUCGCUGAGCAGAUCAAGGAGCUGAAGUCUCUGCUAGACCAAGAAGGGAACCGGCGGCACAGCAGCCUCAUCGACAUAGACAGCGUCCCUACCUACAAGUGGAAGCGGCAGGUGACUCAGCGGAACCCUAUGGGACAGAAGAAGCGCAAGAUGUCCCUGUUGUUUGACCACCUGGAGCCCCUGGAGCUGGCGGAGCAUCUCACCUACUUGGAGUAUCGCUCAUUCUGCAAGAUCCUGUUCCAGGACUAUCACAGUUUCGUGACUCACGGCUGCACCGUGGACAACCCCGUCCUGGAGCGGUUCAUCUCCCUCUUCAACAGCGUCUCGCAGUGGGUGCAGCUCAUGAUCCUCAGCAAACCCACAGCCCCGCAGCGGGCCCUGGUCAUCACACACUUUGUCCACGUGGCGGAGAAGCUGCUGCAGCUGCAGAACUUCAACACGCUGAUGGCAGUGGUCGGGGGCCUGAGCCACAGCUCCAUCUCCCGCCUCAAGGAGACCCACAGCCACGUUAGCCCUGAGACCAUCAAGCUCUGGGAAGGUCUCACUGAACUAGUGACGGCGACAGGCAAUUAUGGCAACUACCGGCGCCGGCUGGCGGCCUGUGUGGGCUUCCGCUUCCCCAUCCUGGGUGUGCACCUCAAGGACCUGGUGGCCCUGCAGCUGGCACUGCCUGACUGGCUGGACCCAGCCCGGACCCGGCUCAACGGGGCCAAGAUGAAGCAGCUCUUUAGCAUCCUGGAGGAGCUGGCCAUGGUGACCAGCCUUCGACCACCAGUACAGGCCAACCCUGAUCUGCUCAGCCUGCUCACGGUUUCUCUGGAUCAGUAUCAGACGGAGGAUGAGCUGUACCAGCUAUCCCUGCAGCGGGAGCCGCGCUCCAAGUCCUCGCCAACCAGCCCCACAAGCUGCACCCCGCCACCCCGGCCCCCAGUGCUGGAGGAGUGGACCUCAGCUGCCAAACCCAAGCUGGAUCAGGCCCUCGUGGCGGAGCACAUCGAGAAGAUGGUGGAGUCUGUGUUCCGGAACUUUGAUGUCGAUGGGGAUGGCCACAUCUCACAGGAAGAGUUCCAGAUCAUCCGUGGGAACUUCCCUUACCUCAGCGCCUUUGGGGACCUCGACCAGAACCAGGAUGGCUGCAUCAGCAGGGAGGAGAUGGUCUCCUAUUUCCUGCGCUCCAGCUCUGUGCUGGGGGGCCGCAUGGGCUUCGUACACAACUUCCAGGAGAGCAACUCUUUGCGCCCGGUCGCCUGCCGCCACUGCAAAGCCCUGAUCCUGGGCAUCUACAAGCAGGGCCUCAAAUGCCGAGCCUGUGGUGUGAACUGCCACAAGCAGUGCAAGGAUCGCCUGUCAGUGGAGUGUCGGCGCAGGGCCCAGAGCGUGAGCCUGGAGGGGUCUGCACCCUCACCCUCACCCACACACAGCCACCAUCACCGCGCCUUCAGCUUCUCCCUUCCCCGCCCUGGCAGGCGAGGCUCCAGGCCUCCAGCAGAGAUCCGUGAGGAGGAAGUACAGACGGUGGAGGACGGGGUGUUUGACAUCCACUUGUAAUAGAAGCUGUGAUUGGAUCAAGGACUCAUUCCUGCCUGAGAGAAAAGACUUCAGCCAGAGCAGGGAGCCUGGGGGUGUUGGGGCAGGAGGCUGGGGCUGGGGGUGGGAUUUGAGGGUGGCAUGCAGCUAAGGGCAGGGCCAGGGCUGGUGUCCCUAAGGUUGUACAGACUCAUGUGAAUAUUUGUAUUUUCCAGAUGGAAUAAAAAGGCCCAUGUAAUUACCCU